GAAAUUCUGGUGUGUUAAUUAUAAUGGAAGUGCAAACUACUAAUAAAAAUAACAUAGAAGAUGAAAAUAAUGAUAACAAAACAGAUUCACCAGCAUCGUUCGAGGAAGCUAUCAGUGCUACUGGAUUCGGAAAAUAUAAUUAUUAUCUCCUAUUUGUAAUUUGCUUCCCUUGCCUAACUAAUGUAUUCAACAAUGCGGACUUGUCUUUCAUUCUUUCUGCAGCGCAAUGUGAUCUCAAUUUAACGCUGGAGGAUAAGGGCAUUUUAAAUGGAGUCAUGUUUGCUGGUAUGGUGUCAAGCGGUUUAAUUUGGGGAUUUUUAUGCGAUGCAUUCGGUCGAAAAAAUAUUCUAGUAUACGGUUAUUUCACAAGCGGUGUAUUUGGUUUAAUUGCCGCUAUGUCUGCGAAUAAAAAUGUGCUUAUAGCUGCGAAAUUCUUAUCGGGAGUUGUCAUCAAUGGACCAUUUUCGGCAUCAACAGCACAUAUUGCUGAAUUUCAUUCGACGAAUUAUAGAAGUAUAGUCAAUACAACACGGGGUAUUUUUUUAAGCCUUGCCAGUCUUAUAAUGCCUGUAUUGGCAUGGGCUAUUCUUCCAAGAACUUGGAAUAUUAGCGUUUUCGGUCUUUUUGAACUUCAUUCGUGGAACUUCUUUCUCAUAGUAUGCUCUUUAACAACAGUCGUAAGUGGCAUUUUCUAUAUUUUCUUGCCCGAGAGUCCCAAGUACCUUAUGUCUACAGGGCGAAAUAAACAAGCUUUGUUAGUGAUGCAAAGAGUGUACGCUUUAAAUACAGGAAAGUCAGGGGAAGAAUUUCCAGUAAGGAAACUUCAUGAAGAAGUGGCAAGAAGGAGUCUCUCAGGACAAAUAACCAUUAAAGACACACUUAUUCACGAAUUAAAGGAGUUUAAGAAAAUUUUUCAUCACCCGUACCUAUUAAGUGUGGCAUUAGUCGUUUUCAACGAUUUUACUCUAAUGUCCAGUGUAAAUACCUUAAAGUUGUGGUUACCGAGUAUUUUCCAAUCUGUAAGUGACUACAAGUACAUCCAUAACGGUACCACCUCAAGCGUAUGCGACAUGUUGCAAAUGAUACAACCGCAGAAUGUUUCUACUUCAACUUCAGAAACAUGUAUUGUCGCGGAGGAUAGCUUGUCAGUGUAUGUUAAUACGUUUAUUGCGGCAUUUACGAGAAUAUUGGCUUUCUCAAUUUCCACACCGUUUGUAAAAUGGAUGGGAGUUAAAACGCUGAAUAUUUGUUGUUGCUUCUUGACAACUAUCUUUAAUGUGGCAAUUUAUUUUGCGUACGAUGAAACUACUAUUACAACAUUAUCAUCAGUAGGUACAGCUAUAGGAAGUGUAGCAGGAAAUUUGCUCCUAUCGCUUACGUUGGAAAUGUUUCCAACAACAUUGAGGACUAUAGCAAUAUCAUUGCAUUAUACUUUUGGACGUGCAGGUACUCUAAUGGGAAAUAUUAUUUUUCCACAUUUAAUAAAUGCAGGAUGCUUUCCACCUUUCUUGUUUAUUGGAAUUUCUUCUCUAGGUAAGAAGAAGCGCAAAUUUUUAAACCUUGUAAAUAUUGCAGAUAUUUUAUGUUGUUUUUAUAAAUUAUUUUUUAUGUUGCAGCUUGCGCGUUGGGUUCAUUUUUGUAUCCCAGCAUAAAAAACAAACCUUUAGUCUAA